AUGCAAUGUACGAAAAACGACGGUCUUAGUCCAUCUGCACUGCGACCUGAUCAACCACAGAGUGAUAAACAGGACCAUCAAUCCAUCACAUCAACGCCCCAGACUCGCCUCAUAACGCCGGACAGAUGGUCGACGCAGUGCCACCUCUCCCUCCCACCCCCACUACCACCCACCUACCCAGCCACCACUGACGUUCAUUACAAUGCCACCGCGACGCCACAUUCGCCACACCCACACCCCGCAUGCGAGCCAUUCGCGCCUCUACCACCGCCACCCACGACACAGCAGUCGAAGUGCCAGCUGCCGACCCUCGACGACCCUCAACGACGACGCAUGCGCAAACAUGAAAUCCCAAACAGCAGUAGCCCUUCGCCGCCGCCGCCGCCCGACCGGAAAUCGCAGGAAACACGUAUCACCGUAGCCGGAAAGACCAGUUAG